CGGCGCGUUUCACAACUCACAGCUCCCCGUGGAAGCAUCGCACACUCCUUGGAGGACGUUUCCUUUCCUUCUUUCUUCCACGUCCCGACCACUUUUGGAAUUUUAAAGCGUUUAACUUUAACUUUGGGAAAAAACAGCAGCAGCCAACAACUAGGCGAGGAAUUGGGUGACGAUAUGUUGAAGGAAGGAUCCCACGCCUGAAGACACAACCCCGCAUGUCGGCCGUGUGUGUGUUGCGUCACCGUGACUCUGACAUCACAGAUGGAGCGGCUCUGACCCGCCGGGGUGACGUCAUGGUUCUGGACCGAGCCGUCGACACGAGCCCGAUGGACAUCUCCAAGAUCUUCUCCCUGCUGCGGCCGCGGGACGAGGAGGACGAGGCCGGCGGGCCGCUCCGGGCCCUGAUGGAGGCCGUGGGCGCCGACGACGCGGUUCUGCUCGCCGAGCUCCUGACCCGGGAGAACCACAGGAGGUCCAUCAACGCCCGGAGCGGCUGGGGGGUCCCCGUGACCCCCCUACGAAGCGCCGCCGCCCUGGGGCACCUGAGGUGCCUGGAGGUGUUGUUGGAGCACGGCGCCGAGAUCGACGUCCUGGACGUGAAGGCCCAGACGCCGUUGUUCUCCGCCGUCAGCGGGAGGCAUCUGGACUGCGUGGCGGCGCUGCUGAAGGCCGGCGCCGACCCCAACGGCAGCCCGCACAACAACUGCCCCCCGGUGCUGACGGCGGCCCGCGAGGGCGACGCCGCCGUCCUCCGGGAGCUGCUGCGCUUCGGCGCCGAGGCGGACGCCGGGUCCCGGGCGGUACCCGAGUGGGCCUCCGGCGCCGCGGCCCGCCGGGGCGCCCUGUACAUCUCGGCGGCGUACGGACACCUGGGCGGCUUCAAGCUGCUGCUGCUCCACGGCGCCGACCCGGACUACAACUGCACGGACCGGAAGGCGCCGGGCCGGGUCAAGCGGGCCAAGACGGUGCUGGAGGCGUGUCUGCACUACGGCUGCGGGGCGGAGUUCGUCCGGCUGCUCGUCGACUUCGGGGCCGACGUGUUUCUGCCGGCGCUGAGCGGCGGCGAGGCGGCGGAGCAGAACGAGGCGCUGGCGCUGCUGCUCGGGGAGAGAGCUUGCCCUAAAACUCUGAUGUCUCAGACUCGGCUGGCCAUCCGGAGGCUCCUCCCCCUCGGCGACAAAGAGCCCGCCAUCGACAUGUUGGAUGUUCCUUUGAUCCUGAGGAACUAUUUGAAGCAUCAGACCUCUGAACACGUAUGAUGCUCACCGGGGCGUCACAACAUACGUGGCCAGUGACGCAUUAUUUUUAUACCUCGUUUCUGAUUGGACGAUUGAUUUCUAGCUUAGUACAAAAGGUCACCGAACUAUCCUGUAAAGACUUGUUUUUAUUAUUAACGUAUAAACGUUGAAAUGUG